GAUUGUUGAACCCGACAGACGUGCGCGCACCAAAUGCUGGCUCGAUCGGCGAGCUUUACUUUGUUUUCUUGCUUGUUUUUUGUCGAAUUCGCGUUCAAAGCGUGAUCACGUCAAAGUUUGUGUUGUUUUAUUUUUGUGACGCAGUUUUUAGCAUCGGUUCUUGAGCAACAUCACUUAAUGUCAGCUUACAAAAUACAUGUAUAAAAAGAAAGUGUCUUCAAAAAGGAGUUGAUUGAAAGUUGUAUAAUAGCCCCAAAGGAGCCGGUGGAAAAACCCAAACAAAACUCUGUGAAGUGAACGUCUUGUGAGAGUGGAAAAAAUUCAAAAAACGAAAAAGUAAUAUACAACAAAACAGCGUUGUUUAAGAACCUGUAAUUGAAAUCGCACUUGAAUACACCCAUACAGGCAAGAAUAAAAAAUCAUAAAUUAAUCAAAACCAAAGCAUUGUUACAACACAAACGAUUUUCGACUCGGAUUCUCUUUUUUUUUGGCGGAGAGGAAAAAAGUCAAGAAAGCAAGAGGAAGAGGAAGCCAACAACAAAAUGUGCCGCUGCUGUCAAAACUGUUGGGAAGAUUUCUACUGGAAUUGCUUCGAGGAGCGUUUUUGCUACGAUGAAUCGAUCGCCAAUUACAACCCCGAGGACGACGAGGACUAUUUGGCAUCCCGAAAAAAUGGCCAGAUUAUCGGUCGCAUUCAGCCAAUAUCGGCGGAUAAUAAUAAUUCGCUGACGCUGCCUCAGCCGAUUUGCGAUCAGCCGCAAAUGAGGCAGGGCAACUCGAGCUUGGGCCUGAGCCUAAUGAGCGCAAAGAUCCAUGAGGAGGACUAUCGCCGGGAGACUCAGAUUAAUGUGCCCAAUUUGGGACCGGAGAUAUUGGCAGUAUUUGCCAACUCGCAGAUCUUCCAGGACCAUCAGCCCACCAAGCUGAACCGGAUCAGCACAAAGACCUAUUUGGCCGGGAUCCAUUCGCCGAAUCGCGAGAUGCCGACAACACCGCGUCUCAGUGAUCAGGAUCGAUUGCUGCGUCGUCUGGAAGGAGAUGCCCUAGAUUCCAGAACGGGAUCGGCGGAGAAACGAAUUACUUUCACCCUGGCGCCCAGUUCAGCUGAAUGCUCGCCCUCCGGCAGCCAGUCGACCCUCACUCCCAAGAAGUUCGAGGCCAUUGCCGAGGAGGAGAAGGAGGACGAGAAGGCCGAAGAGGAGGAGGAGGUCGUGGAGGAGGUGGUAUUGCGACCACGCCUCAUCGAUCGCCAUCCCCACCUGUUGGCCAAUCCCAGUGGACUGACUACCACGCCCAAACGGAUCCUUCGAUCCGCCAAGAGCGUUCCGCACAUGAAUGUACGAUCGUCGGCCAGCGAAACGGAUAUAUUCUCCAUUAGCGGUACGAUGACCGGAAGCAGCCAGAUCAGCAUGACGCCCGAGGUGCCCUCGAUAUCGUUUAGCAAUCUGCCCAAGAAUUACGAGGAUACGCCCACCAUCGAGAAGUACAGGGUGUCGCAGAGUCUCUAUUCCAUUCAGACGGCAAAUGCAGCUCGGGCCACCCAAGAUGAUUACUCCAUGCCUCGCUACUUCCGCCGAUCUGCCAUGCUACUGACCCAGAGUUCGGAGGUCCUGCCGGGUGCCAGUUCUUUGGCCUCCAUGUCACCGUCAAUGGCCUCCUCGUCUGCCUCGCCAGGAUCAUCGAAGGACGAACUGCGACGGCCCGAGAAAGAGAAGAGCAAGCGACUCCAGAUGCUGCGUGGAAAUCUACCGCCCCUACUCAUUCAUUCCGUGUCCUUCAAACGCAAUCGCGAUGAGGGCAAGCAGGUGGACUAGUUGCACUCCAGAAAUACAUAUUUCUUAACCACUUUGUCCAUGUUUUAACUGUUUUAAAUGACUUAGCCUGUAGUACCUGCUUAAGCGUUUUCUGUAUUACCUUCUAAGUGAAGACCUUGUCCAACCCACUCACUCAGUAUUCGGAUGUACUUUAUUUUGCGUUUAUGAUUGAUAUUACAAAAUAAAUUGUAUUUUACCCCAAGAAGUUUUGAAAAAGUAUUUAU